AUGAUGGAGAAGCGAACCAACGAUGCGUUGAACGCAAAUCCCGACGUCUUCCUCUACCCAGCAACUUCGCAAAUCAACAUCACCACUCAUGGCUCUGACUGGUACUGGGCUGUCACUGCUGUGAUGGUUGUUUCCACCUUUGCCUUCAUCGGCAUGAGCUUCACAGUCCCACGUCGCAACCGCAUUUUCCACUACAUCACUGCUGGUAUCACCCUCGUUGCUUCGAUUGCCUACUUCACCAUGGCUUCCAAUUUGGGCUACGCUGCCAUUCCAGUCGAAUUCAUCCGCAGCAACCCUAAAGUCGCUGGCAUGAAUGGUAUGAAUUACCGUGAGAUCUUCUACGUUCGAUACAUCGACUGGUUUGUCACUACACCACUUCUUCUCAUGGAUUUGCUCCUCACUGCUGGUCUCCCGUGGCCCACCGUCCUCUACACCAUCCUCAUGGAUUGGAUCAUGGUUGUCACUGGUUUGGUCGGUGCUCUUGUCGCUUCAUCCUACAAAUGGGGCUACUUUACAUUCGCCAUGUUUGCUCUGUUCUUCAUCGCCUACAACGUCUGCUAUGUUGGUUUGGCUCACGCCAAGGCAAUUGGUCCCAACGUCCACAGAACAUUCCUCAUGUGCGGUGUCUGGACCAUUUUCCUUUGGUUCCUCUACCCAAUUGCCUGGGGAUUGGCUGAGGGCGGCAACGUCAUUUCUCCAGAUUCUGAGGCCGUCUUCUACGGUGUUCUUGACAUUAUGGCCAAGCCAGUCUUCGGUGCUAUGCUCCUCUUUGGCCACCGCAACAUCGACCCCGCUGUUCUCGGACUUCAUAUCCGCGACUACGAGGACCCAACCGCCACUCGCCGCACUGAGAAGAGCAGUGCGCUCGGAGCCUCUGAUAAUGGUGUUGUCGACAGCCAUCACCACAAUGGUACCAACACGGCUGUCGCUGGUGACAACGUUACUACCGGCGCACCAACAUCCACUGGUACUCACCCUCAAACUACUGUCUAA